AUGGCACAGGUGACCAUUCUACGAGGAAAGGACGGCUUCGGCUUCACCAUCUGCUCUGACUCGCCUGUUCGUAUACAAGCAGUCGAUCCAGGCAAGAACUGCUCCGGUGGGCCGGCGCAUCAGGCUGGUUUGCAGCAGUCGGACACUGUUUUGCAGUUAAACGGUCAACCGGUCAAACAUUGGAAGUGUGUAGAUCUUGCACAUGCUAUCAGAAAUAGUCUCAGUGAAAUCACAGUGGUAGUUUGGCGGACGGGACCCUCUGUGAAGUCCAACUUCGAGCGACUGAUCCAUCAUCCUACUUACAAGUCCUCUUACUAUGACACUCCAGUUUCCCCGGCUAGAAGCAAGAGGGGGGACCAGCCGCCGCCGCCGCUCCCGCCUCUGCCCCCCCACCAGCGCAGGGGUUUGGUGAACGGGUCCGACGGGCUGGCCGGUGGAGCGAGAGGGUCGGGAAUCCUGUGGGGAGAACGCAGGAGUGUUGUGGACGGCAAGCCCGGCACUCAGACGCUCAGAGGGACGCGUGUGAAAGCAUCAAACGGGGACGAUUACAUCAUACUGUCUCCGGUUAAUCAGGCAUUGGGCUCUGUCUAUGGAGACAACCACAGGACAACUGGCCAGAUGUUCCCCACACCUCAGACGCCUGUUCCUCCUCCUCCGGCCACUGGUUCCCAGUCAGCACCUGGACUGGCCAGCAGAACGUGCUUUCUGAGACGCUCUGGCAACAGCAAAUCCACAACACAGCAAAGUGGACAUUACCAACAGCCAACACACACCUCAAACUUUGCCAACUACCAGAACUGCACCAUUGUGAGAUCACACACGCCUCAUGCCAACUAUGGCACCUACGUUAAAGUGACGCCUAAAAUCCUCAUCUUCCCCAUCUUUGUGCAGGUAAAUCUUCCAUAUUUUCAAAAUAAGCACACAGAUCUACUGAGCUUUAGUAGUGAUUAG